AUGCGUUUGCAGAGCGCGCCCUUUGCGACAUAUGCAUUUGAUGGGCCAGACCAAGAUGCGAGCCGGGUAACAUACCGAACGGCGAGAGCUGGACCUGAAAAAAGGAACGGAAGUGGCCGGAGUGAGCAUCACACCGGGGAACGGAGGAGAGCUCGGCAUAUUCCUCGUGAUGAGAAGCCCAUCACAUCGCCGACCGGAGUGAAAGAGGUCAAUAGCAAACGAUCAGAUCGUGCGUAUGAAGACAUCGGGGCCUGCGAUCUCGCAAAGCAUAACGUCACGGGUAGAUUCUGGGGUUGGAGUUGCAAGGGCGCCAGGUCAGGUCAGGUACCAGCCGCCAUCCCUACGCGAGCGCAUACGCGAGCUGCUUCGGACUGCAAGAGAGCAUCCGCAUUUCCUCGCCAGCACCAGGAUCCAGACCUACUAUCGCGCGAGGACGAAAUCACGCACCGAAUAUGCAAUGCGAAUGCUCACAUCGAAAUGCCUGCGUGGCAAACGCCCAUCAAAGCGGCAGACCUGCCAAAUGACGAUGAUCAGCAUUCUGCACACACGCACGUCAAGCCACCGGACGCUAGUCACCAGAAGUGCGACGCGCAUCGCAGGCCAGAAGGCCCUUGUUAUCUGAGACAGCAGCAGCAGCAGAUAUCGCAGCCCCGGAUGAUCGACUUGCCGUUCCAGCAAGCACGUCGAGAUGCGCGCAGACGGUCAGGCGAGCACACGAGCGGGAGGAAGUUCGAACUAGCACGACUCGGGCAAGGCGCCCGCCAGCCUGCAGGCUCCUACAAACAGCGGCCAUCAACCCAUCCUCGCAAUGCACUUGAAGUCAAGGCGCAAGAGCAAGACCCGUCCCAGACAAAAGUCACACCACCCAAAUCAAACCUCAAACCUCAAACCUCGGAAGCAUUAAUGAGGCACAAUUGCCGGAGGACAGCGCCAACCAUCAUCCGCGCUGGGCCGCGGAGGCAUGAAGAAGCUGGGUUUCCCCGCAAGGCGACGGCGAGCACAGAGAUAGAUAGCAAGGAGAUGGCCAGGCGAUGCGCCUCAGGCCUACAGAAGGAGUUGCAAGGAGCCAAGGUUGCAUCUAUCCGUCGCGAUGGCGUUCUGGUAUCUGGUUCCCGCUGCCACGCGUGA